AUGACAGUCGCGCAUCCUCUCAUCCACCUCGGAUACGCAUAUGAACUCGAAUCCAAGACAGUGGCAAUCGAAGCGCUUGCACUUGGAGCUUGCUUCUACAACCCGCUUCACAAAUAUAUCGACGAUCCCUCGUACACCAAGCCACACAAAGGGGACGGCGCCAACGCAGAUCUCUACAACUUACUAAACAAUGUCCGACACGAUGCGCGCUUCGACGGCCUAUACUCAUCUCCCAGCGGCGACAUCACCAAGAUCUUCGAACAAUGCGAAGAAGCCUUGCUAGAACACUGGAACGCAUGGCCCAUCACGGACCCAACCUCACAAUUCGAACAAGCACAAGCUCUCGCUGCAGUAUUAGUGCUAGAGAAGGACGAGACGGGAAAAUUCAGUUUCUUCUUCGUACAUGCGCUUACUUCGAGUCAUGCGAUUCGCGUAUUGCUACCGCUUGUGCCGGCAAAGUUCCAUGUCGGGUUGAUCAGGCAGUGGUGGCUAUUUACGCUCGCAGUGUAUGUGGCGCAGAUGAGGCCGGUAGUAAAGAAGGCGAGCGGCGAGCAGUAUGAUGUCAAGGACAAAACGUGGAAGCAUGUCGUACACAAUGCGCUCGAGGGUCCGCAUUCAAAAGAUGCGCAUUAUGUCAAGACUGACCUCGUCAUUCUAGCUCUGCGUUCCUUGAAAACUUGCGCCGAGACUUGGGGCGAUGAAAACAAGAACUAUUUGGCUGCGGCAGUCAAGUUUGCGGAUGAGUUUGAUGGCUGGGGUGGGUUUGGGGCUGAAGAGGAGGAUGUGGGUUUGGCGUAUCCAACCAAGCAGUAG